UUUCUACAAACUGUAAUAACACUAUAAUAACUAAAUAAUAUGCAUGUGCAGUGUACGUACCUGUCUGUAUAAACUGCAGUCACGGAAUAAUUGGUCAUCGAAAUAAAUACAAUAAAUAAGUAUAGUGCACAGUACACGGCGAACAACAAGCGGGGGCGUUUCGUAUCAAUGUUAUAGCGGUCCGCGCCAGGUUACCUACUUGGUCCAUUCUCUUUGUACGCGCGAGUUCAAGAUGAUCUAAUAAUUACCUUGACAUUUGGCGUCAAGUGCACUUCUUGCUUUUCAAUCUCCCCAUUAGAUGAGUAGAGGUACCUAGAUUAUAUUAUCAUGCCAAACGUAUAAUUUUCUGCCCGCCCGACGCCCAGACAUGAGUUUAUUAAAACGAAAUAACCGUCUUCACCGACACCGCUCCGAUAUAGUUUUGAACUGGCAGCCGACAAUCGACGAAGACUUGAGUUAAUUUUUGCGCGACAAGAUGAAGAUCGUCCUACAGCUAAUCUUAUCGCUCGCCAUACUAUGGUCGAAAACACUUUCUCAAAAUUACUACGUUCCAAUAGAAGAAAAUGAGUUAGCAUAUGAAUUUCAUUACAACAUCAAUGAUUUACUCUCGGGUGUUGUAACACACCGUUGGGAAUCGAAGUAUGGUGAUUACGUAAGAGGAUCGUAUAGUUUUCUAGAGCCUAAUGGUUUGAUUAGAAAUGUGAACUACGAAGUCGACGGAAAGCGUGGCUAUAGAGCGAUAACAAAAUUUUUGAAACCACGACAAAUGCCUAAAUUCAACACAUUACAACCUUCCGAAGUACCAACUAAGUAAAUAUUUACGAUUACCUACACAUUGCCUAUUCGUUUAACGAUAAGGUAUAGGCCCCAGGUUUACUUUUAUCGAUUUUUCAAACUUUUUUACGUUUUUUUUUCAAUUAUUUAUACUUUAUACAUAUAUUAAGGUUUAU